UUGCCGAUUAUAUGUAUACAGCAUAUAUAACAUCCGAUGAAUGAAGUGUAACGAGCGAAGAUGAUUCCAGAAGAUACAACAGACAUCGAACAAUCCAAUGAGGAUAUGUCUAAUGAUAGCAGUAUGUCUAAUAGAAGACGUAAUGUUGAAGAUGAGCUUCAUGAGCUCGAAGCCGCAUCACUUCAAGAAUCUCUUCCUGAGGGUUUUAAUGUUGAUGAGACUGAAAAGGGAUUUAAACGUCCUAAAUAUCAUAAGAUAAUAUUAGACAAGAGUCAUAAAUAUUUUCCUGUACUUUUAAAUAUUGUUAAUGGUGCUAUUUGGGGAGUAUUGGCAAGAAAAGGAUUAAUGGUAUUAACUUCUUAUCCAGGUUCUUAUCUUCCCGGAGUUCUUUGGGCAAAUUUUGGUGCUUGUAUAGUUAUGGGUAUCGCUGUCAAUAGUUCAAAAAUAUGGGAUAUCUUAUUAGAAAAUCAUCCCAAUGAUUACCCAAAUAAAGCAUCAAUUCCCUUAUAUACUGGGAUUACUACUGGAUUUUGCGGAACCUUUUCAUCUUUUUCUACGGUUAUUGUAGAAGCAUUCAAUAAAGCUGCAAAUACUGAAAUUGGUGUUUAUUAUGAUUAUCCUAAUGCUGGUUAUGGUGUAAUGGAAUUUCUUGCUGUUAUUUGCAUCCAAUUUGGGUUAUCAGGUGCAGGGUUUCAUAUUGGUAGACAUCUAACUGAGGUAUUAGAUGAAUUCCUGCCGGUCAUGACCAAGAGAAACUACAAAAUUAUUGAAAGAUUAUCAAUUAUUAUUGGAGCAGCUACUUUUAUAGUCAAUUGUGUUUUGAUAGGUGUUUUGGAUUCGUGGAGGUCAUGGACAUUCGCAAUCUUUUUUGCACCUUUCGGAGCAUUAUUGAGAUUCUAUCUUUCGAAAUAUUUGAAUUCCAAGGUGAAAAAUUUCCCAUUGGGAACAUUUACUGCCAAUUUUGUUGGUACUUUAUUGUUAGGGAUUUUUAAUUUGUUAGCAAGAGCGAGAGGUAUUAAUAUGAGUCUUAUUUCAUGCCAUGUUUUAAUGGGUUUGGAUGAUGGAUUUUGCGGUGCCUUAACUACUGUGAGUACAUUCAUAGUAGAAUUAUUUGGAUUGAGAACUUUACAUUCCUAUAGAUAUGGUAUUUUCUCAGUCAUGGGAAGUUUUAUUGCCAUUGUUUUGAUCUUAGGAUCAUACAAUUGGUCCGUUGGUUUAACUUCACCUAUCUGUUCUUAGAUGAAUUAGUUGGAAUAUCAUUAUAAAACAUUCCAACGUCUUAACCGGUUUAGCGAUCGUACAUUACAACUGCAAACCAAAUUAUAUUAGAUGAUUUGUAAAACAUUAGAUUUACAUUUGACGAGUAUAUUUUCAUAAUAUUCUCUUUUCUUUUUAUUUUUUAGAUUGGUUUUAUUGAUUUUUAAUAAAUAAUCAAAGGGUCAAAUCAUGAACAGUCAAGCUUAGUAUGUAAUUCUUAUCUCUUACAAUUCUCAUCUCUUUUACAUUCAUAACCUGUCACAUGAGACUAUUAGCUUAUGAGCUUAUGAGCAUU